GAUGCAGUUGCUAGGGAACAGAGGAGACGUCCAUCUUUUGCAGCUUGUUCCAGAUACAGCAAGGUUGGGAAAGGUUUGCCUUUCGUAAAGGAGGGAAAUAAAUGCACCAUAUAAAAGAGAGAAGGACGGAACGCUAGGUGAUGUGACGUGAUCUGGAGCGGGAUUAUGUGCUGGUCUGGCAUGAAUUAUCAAACACAUCUGAUAGCUGCUCAACAGGAAUCUGUGCGUUGUUGUUUCUGGAUGGUGAUGGCCAUGCACAGAUCCUGAGACGCCCCUCUUUGUCUGAGCAUCCACAGACGGGACGGGCUUCACCCGACAGACAGACAGAGAGACAGAUCUGAUGGAUUCAGUGGAGAGCUGAGAAAUCAACAGGCCUGAAGCUGAAACACACACACACACAGAGAGAGAGAGAGAAACCAACGCCUGCCCAGAGAAACUCCUUCUGUUGCACUUGUAAAUGUGCUGAUCUUGUGUGAUCGGGAGCAGAGGAUGGGAACCACUGAAGCCACUCUACGCAUGGAGAACAUGGAGGUGAAAGAUGAGUGGCAAGAUGACGAUUUCCCACGGCCUCUUCCUGAAGACGGUGAUUUAGACGGACUCACUGACAACACUGCUCAUCGUGCCGCUCUGACGGCGGAUCACACGGAAUCAGUCCGACAGAAGCGCCGCACGCUGAUCGCUCCGGAUAUCAACCUGUCGCUGGAUAAAAGCGAGGGUUCGCUGCUUUCUGACGACUUCCUGGAAACUCCAGACGACCUGGACAUAAACGUGGACGACAUCGACACGCCAGACGACGACUCGCUCGGCUCCCUCAACAACGCCAACGAGCUGGAAUGGGAAGACGACACUCCGGUGGCCAGUGCGAAGGGUGCAGGCGGCGAGGGGGGCGACGGUGCGGGCCGUCUGUGGAGGACGGUGAUCAUCGGAGAUCAGGAGCACAGGAUAGACAUGCAGGUCAUCAGGCCGUACCUGCGCGUCGUCACGCAUGGAGGUUAUUACGGUGAAGGACUGAAUGCCAUCAUCGUGUUUGCUGCCUGCUAUCUGCCCGACAGCGGCUGCGCAGACUACAGUUACAUCAUGGAGAACCUCUUUCUGUAUGUGAUCAGUAGUUUGGAGCUGCUGGUAGCUGAAGACUACAUGAUCAUCUAUCUGAACGGAGCCACGCCGCGCAGGAGGAUGCCGGGCAUCAGCUGGCUCAAGAGAUGCUACCAGAUGAUCGAAAGACGGUUAAGAAAGAAUCUCAAAUGUCUGAUCAUCGCGCAUCCCUCCUGGUUCAUCCGGACAGUUCUGGCCAUCUCACGGCCCUUCAUCAGUGUGAAAUUCAUGGAAAAGAUCCGGUACGUCCAGAGUCUGGAGGAACUGGCUCAGAUUGUUCCCAUGGAGCAUGUGCAGAUUCCCGAGUGUGUGCUGCAAUGUGACGAGGAGCGAAUCAAAGCGCAGAGAGAAAGGCUUGAACAACUGGCCAAGACAUCAGAGAGAUACACCUCAAGGCAGGGAUUCAUCUGUGCAUGUCAUUUUCCAAAGAUGUUCCUUUGAAGAACAAUCAUCUCAAAACACAACAAUGAUGUUUGUGGUGCUCUGUCUACAGUGCAGUUUUUCCAUACACACUGACCUUUGACCUGGAUCACAACCGGACCGCGGUUGAGUAAGUGUGAACGAGAGAGAAAACAAACGCUCACAGACUCUUUUCUAACAGAAGAGGAACAUCUGCGCAAAAUAAACAUCUUGUGUAACAGUCAUUGUGUUGUACAGAUGUAGAACGUGGGAUGUUUUUAACUUGACUUGUCAGUUUAUCCAUGUUCACCUGCCAACCGCUUCCACAAUGAGAAACACAUUCAGUCUCUUACAUAAUGCAGCAGUUUACAGGUUUAAAGUCAACAUGAAAUCAUGUUGUAAUCUUUCAUUGGACAAUUGCCAUGAAAACAACCAAGCGCCAAAUGAUUAUUUAGUCAUAGUUUUGGGCUGUUGCUGUAGAUCUUUUAAUCUUUUCCAAAAUCUUGUAAGUGGUUAAAGAAAUAGUUCAACCAAAA